AGCAGGCUGCCACAGAGGCAUUGCAGACAGCGCGUUUGGGAGGUGUAGUGGAAGAAAGGCAAAGAAACGGAGUAAAUGAGAGCACUUUUGUCCAGAUUGUUGAAGGACUUAUCAACUUAAUAUACCGCCGAAACAGCUCACUAGAAUGAGACGGACACAUUGUUGAAUUCCUGCCCAGGUAAAUGUCCGCGUUUCCUUCGCAUGGUUAACUACAAGAGGUCGACAGCUAGACAGGGUAACCACCAUUGAGAAGGCAGCUGUAAACCCCGGGACCUCGUCUCCAGGCUCCUGCACAGAGCUGAGUGAAGGAAACUUGGGAAACAAAGCUGUGUCUCUCCCUGUGGGAAACCUGGAUCCUCCACCCUGCCCACCAACAUGACCAAUGUGGUGAUUGUCAAGGAGGGGUGGCUGCAUAAAAGAGGAGAAUACAUCAAGACCUGGAGGCCGAGGUAUUUUCUCCUGAAGAGUGAUGGUACAUUCAUUGGCUACAAAGAGCGACCGCAAGAUGUUGACCAGCUGGAAACCCCCUUAAAUAACUUCUCUGUUGCACAGUGCCAGCUGAUGAAGACGGAACGGCCCAAGCCCAACACAUUUAUCAUCCGCUGCCUGCAGUGGACCACUGUCAUCGAGCGCACCUUCCACGUGGAGACCCCCGAGGAGAGGGAAGAAUGGACUAAAGCCAUCCAAGCAGUGGCUGAAGGCCUGCAGAAACAAGAGGAGGAGAUGAUGGACUCCUCUCCGGACCCCAUGGACAUGGAGGUCUACCUGACCAAACCCAGACAGAAAGUGACUAUGCACGACUUUGAAUACCUCAAGCUCCUGGGAAAAGGCACUUUUGGCAAAGUUAUCCUGGUAAAGGAGAAGGCCACAGGACGCUACUACGCCAUGAAGAUCCUAAAGAAGGAGGUGAUCGUAGCAAAAGAUGAAGUGGCGCACACACUCACAGAGAACAGAGUCCUCCAGAACUCAAAGCAUCCGUUCUUGACAGGACUGAAAUACUCCUUCCAGACACAUGACCGCUUGUGCUUUGUCAUGGAGUAUGCAAACGGUGGUGAGCUUUUCUUCCAUCUGUCAAGGGACCGUGUAUUCUCAGAGGAGCGGGCACGGUUCUACGGUGCAGAGAUAGUGUCAGCGCUGGACUACCUGCAUGCUGAAAGGAACGUGGUCUAUCGAGAUCUAAAGCUGGAAAACCUUAUGCUGGACAAAGACGGACACAUAAAGAUCACAGAUUUCGGCCUGUGUAAGGAGGGGAUCAAAGACGGUGCCACCAUGAAAACCUUCUGUGGGACGCCAGAGUACCUAGCACCUGAGGUGCUAGAGGACAACGACUACGGCCGUGCUGUGGACUGGUGGGGUCUGGGGGUGGUGAUGUACGAGAUGAUGUGCGGCAGACUGCCUUUCUACAACCAGGACCACGAGAAGCUGUUUGAGCUCAUCCUCAUGGAAGACAUCCGCUUCCCUCGGACGCUCGGCCCCGAGGCACGCUCGCUGCUUUCUGGCCUCCUUAAGAAAGAACCAAUGCAGAGGUUAGGUGGAGGGCCCGACGAUGCCAAGGAAAUCAUGCAGCACAAGUUCUUCGCAGGAAUUGAAUGGCAAGACGUUUAUGAGAAGAAGCUGGUCCCGCCGUUUAAGCCCCAAGUAACCUCGGAGACGGACACACGAUAUUUUGACGAGGAGUUCACAGCACAGACCAUCACUAUUACGCCACCCGGACAAGAUGACAGUAUGGAGUCAUUCGACAGCGAGCGGAGACCCCACUUCCCCCAGUUCUCCUACUCCGCCAGUGGGACGGCUUAAACAACUCUGAUACAUUCCUCCGGUCCCACCAUCUCCCCCUCACCCCACCCGACUGCACUCUCAAAAGACCGGGGCCACAGCCCCAUCCUCCCAGCAUUGUCUGCAGAUGCCGUUGGUGGAUGUAACAUUUCAAAAUCUGCAAGUUGUGUUUUUUCCAGGAAGGAGGAAAUUCAAGACAAAACAAAGAUAACUGUGGUUCUUCUGUGAGGCCUUUGAAGACUGACCACGGAGAGAAGCAGAGUUAACACUACCCUGCAUCUCCUUGUUGUUAUGCUGUAUACUGAGCAGGCAUCCAUACACCAUAAUGAACGGGGAAAUGUAGUCACGUUAUGCACAAAUUAGGCCACUGAUGUGAAUUUUGUAUUGAAAAUAUAUACAGCUGAAUAUGAAUCAACCAUUUCAAAUAGAUAUAGGCAUACUUUGGACCAAAAACAUCAAGUGAGUUAAGAGUGUGUUUGUUUGUUGGGUGGGUAUUAAAUCCAUGUUUUCCUCUCUUAAGACUUCUGAACAAUUCAAAUACCAUUCAGACAUUUUUUGGCUUCAAAAGUGAAUGUAUCAAAUAAAUCAAUCUUUCUGCAUACUUAACGUGUUUUAACACAUGGCUGAUUCUCCUACGGCUGAACUACCAGCUUCUGGAGAGGAUUUUUAUCACUUUUCUACCACCCCCGAUGCAAAACUGACACCAAUCGGUCUGUUGUACUGUCAUGCCACACCACAAUGAGUCUGAUGAAUCGAUUGUGCAAUACAGUCUGAUGUGAGGAAUGGUAGCAAAAAAAAUGCAGAACGGUUAAUCAUUAAGGUAAAAGUUGUCCUGCAAUGGAUUCCUCUGACCUGUUUGUACAUCAGAGUCACUGAGAGACCCCCCAGUUUCCUGUUCAGGGUAAUAAAUA